CAGGCUGUGACCGAGAACAGAAACUGAAGACUCAGAGCCAGGGACGGUGAAGAAACUGACUCAUGGAGGCCAGCACAGCGCCCAGGACCAGAUGCCUGUUGGAUGAAAACACCUUCACUGAGAACUUCAUGAAUCAGAUGAGGGUUCGUAAGACCUACCUGUGCUACAAGGUGGAGAUCCUGGAUGGUGACGCUUGGGUCCCUCUGGACGAGAACAAGGGCUUCGUGCACAACAAGGGUGCUAACCAACCAGGGCAGCCCUGCCAUGCGGAGCUCUACUUCCUGGACCGGAUCCGUUCUUGGAAUCUGGACCGGGGGCUGCACUACAGGCUCACCUGUUUCAUCUCCUGGACCCCCUGUCAUACCUGUGCCCAGAACCUGGCUACAUUCCUGGGGGAGAACAGCCACGUGAGCCUGCGCAUCUUCGCCUCCCGCAUCUACAGCCUCCCCGGUUACGGGGCUGGGCUGCGCACACUGCAGGCGGCUGGGGCCCAAAUCGCCAUCAUGACCUCUAAGGAGUUUGAGCACUGCUGGGAAACCUUUGUGGACCACCAGGGAAGACCCUUUCAGCCCUGGGAUGACCUGGAAGUAGUGAGUCAACAUCUAUGUGAGAAGCUGCAGGCGAUUCUCCAGGUGAGGAUUCCUCCCUGCUGCUUCCCUGGACCUCCUCCGUCCUCUCCUCUCCUCUCCUCUCCCUGUGCCUUUUUCCUCCUCUCAGAGCCUCCUUUGCGUGACCUGCUCCCUCCUGGGGCACCAGCUCCAUCCUUUCCUUCCCUUCUCAUGUGGUCCCUCUACUUUCUCACUUGCUGUGUCCCUCCUUCCUUCCCCAUCUUUGUAACACUCCCCAGACCUCCUCUCGGUUUUUGUUUCAUCUUCCACUGUCUCACUCCCUGCUCCCGUCCUAGACACAGCAAAACUGAAGGAUGGACGUCAGCCUCUCUAAAGAAGUCAGGAGACCUCUGCUGAACAGCAGAAAAAAACAGUUUCUUUUGAGAAAUAUAAACAUGCCAUUUGCUACCCUCUCCAGAUUGAUCCAAAGAAACCAGUGAAAGGCAA